UAACAACUGACUGGAAGGAUGCUCCCAAAAUAUGCUAUUACUGUGAGAAAGAGGGCUACCUCAAAAAGAAUUGUGAAGAACUAAGAGCAUCAAUCGAGCUUAGAAAACUUCUAAGAGAACAGAAGACCCAAAAAAAUACAUAUACACCAAAUUCAAACACUGAAGUCAAAUUUAGUGCAGAAAAUCCAUACAUUGCAGAACCUGCAGAGGAAUCUUAA